AGCCUAGCACCAGUGCAGAUUUCUGUUGGAGUAAUGAGGAGGAUGGAUGGCUGCCUUAAACCUUUGAGAGGGAGGUCACUUCCCCUUAAUGUCGAACCUCAAUGGGCAUGUGAAGAACUGUUGGCUGCUGCCAUAAAAAAGCAGAAAGCCUUUAACCAGGACUUGGAAGAUGGUGCCCAUGUCUUGUUGUACCCUGAUGCGAGGGUGAUAACAAAUAUCCCCGGAACGGACACCCCUUUCACAGUACAGAUGUACAAAGAGGCCAUUGGAAAGCCCUACCAACGAAUUACGUUGUACAUCUGUACUCUUGAAGCCGUUGAAAACAGUUGUUACACUGGAACAACCUCUUCAAGUGACGAGGACAGUGUGGUUGUUGCAAAGUUGCCAUCUGGAGACAGUCUUGCUGACACCGUGGUGUGGGACUUUCCAAAUGAACAGAGCACUCCCAGAAUGGACAACAGUUUGCCAGGACCUCUCAGGCACCCACAACCAGCGUCUGAUCGGGAUGGAGAACCAACCCCAUUCCAGGAAGAGGUCCAGUCUGCCCCGGGUCAGAACACCUUCUAUAGCAACUACACAACUGUGUAUGCACUUAUCAUUAUUGACAGCCAGUCUGAGCCAGAAGAGGAAACGGAGCAAACUGCAGAGGAAAUCACAGAAUACCUGACUGCGCCAGACAUUGUUGCAGAACUCUCUGCAAAAAUUAAAAAUACCUCUUGCAGCAGGUUCAAUAUUAAUAGAGCCAAUGUGUGGGAUGGAGCAAUCCGCAGCUUCAAAGUUGCCUCAUUCGACCCCUCUCAUCAGAUGCAGGUUAAGUUUACUGAUGAUGAGGGACAAACUGAGGAUGGAGUGGACACUGGUGGUCCCAAGCGUGAGUUCCUGACCCUCCUAAUGGAAUGCCUGAGAAUGAGAAGAAUAUUUGAUGGUCCACAGGACAGGAAAUUCCUCAAGUUCGACAAUGCAGGUAAUGAUGUUCGCAAAUCUGUCUUAUGUUCAAUACUGUACUGUAAAUAUAGGAGCUGCUUAUGGAUUUUGCAGCUUGAUUUACGUGACAAUUACAUUAUCUUAUACUGUAUAUCUUUAUGAUAACGUGGCAACUGUUGGUUAACGUGAUAAUAAUUUAACAAAAAAUAUCAACAGCUGCAAAAGAUGAUGAA